GAUUGUUCAUUGUAUAUAAUAAUUAACUUUUAACCUUUGCUCUGGGAAGUGCUUCGGGAUUUGGGCCGAAAUUGAGCCGUGAAUUAUUGUCUAAUUCCAUUAUUUGGUCAAUGUGAAAAUACUAUCAACGCAGUGCCAAUCAAUCUAGAAAAGCAACAAUGAAUUCUUCCACACCAUGGAUUGAAAUACGCAGUUUGUACGGGAAAUACGUCAAGUGGGUCUCCAGCAAUCCCUCCGCUCUGGGUGAUGUGGAAAUGACGGUGAAAUGGUUAUCCUACUUCAUAGCCGGAAAAAUUAACAACUCAUCGGCAGUGUCCGAGCUGGUGUACUCCCUGUCCAACCUGUUGGUGUUUUUCAACGAUCGGAUCAUCGAGAAAUCGAACAAUGCUGUCCAGUACACAGAGAGCAGCCCACUUGCACGACAGAUUAAAGUAGUUCUAACUACGCUGGAGUAUUGCGAGGUUUUCAUCGAACUGUCCGCCCAUAAGGUAUGGGGUUCACGUGGACGGUGGUUCUUCAUCGUGGUAGUGCAGACAAUCAAAUGCAUCGGCCGUUUGAUUCUCACCAUGUUCUGCCAGAACAACAACAUCAUCCAGAAUCCACCCAUCCCAGUGCUGGACAGGAAAAGUCUAACGGAAACGGCUGCUAGACCGGACACCAACACUUUCCAGGAGCCCAGUGAUACCGUUGUCCUGAAACGUUCCGGUCGUGUCCUGCGCAAAGUUGAAGGCGCACCACCGAUAGUGGCUCGGACAUUCAAACCUCUAAAGCACGAAACAGUGGCUCAUCCGAUCCGGUACGGGGGUCGAUUCAUCCGAACGGCUGAACUGAUGUACAUCGUGAAACCUCUAGUUCAUUUAGCGUGCAUUCGACGGUACGGCAUGAAGAGUUGGAAGUCGUAUCUAGUACCCAUGGCUGUUGACGUUGCCAGCCUACGUAUCUACUACAAAAACCGGGAGCACCUGUCCAAGGAGCAGAAACAGGAACUCUCACGACGUUGCGUUUCGAUGCUGCUCUAUCUGAUGCGAUCGCCUUUCUACGACAAGUACAGCAAGCAACGGAUUGCCUCUCUGUUGAACAGCAUCGGCAAAAAUGUCCCCCUGACGGGCACCAUUACCAAUUUGAUUCUGUCCUACAUUCCACACUGGCAGGAGACAUACUUCUACAUGUGGUCCACCUAGAAAGGAUUCUGACUUUCUAUAAUGUACCUUCUAUCUAUUGUAUAAGUAACUGUGGUGAUUGACAUUUUUAAUAAUUGUAUUACCUACUGUCUAGUUGAAAAUUACUAGAAGGGGGGGAGGGGGGAGGAGCAUAAUGAGCACCUUAAGCAAUGUACACAGUUUUUGGUUUAAAAGUGUAAAAUUAGUUGUUGAUUUGGACCUUAAAAAAUACAGUUUUCAGAUUGGUUAACAACGGUAGCAUAUUUUAGAGGCACGGGGCGAGUUGAGCACCCGAAUGAGAACAUUUACAAAAACGGAUAGUGGUAGUACUUUUAAAUAUUUAACGGAAGGAAGCAUCGUUUUAUUUUUCCAAUGUGGAUACUGCAACAAAUGUUCACCAUUUUUUAAUGUGCUCAUUUCGCUCCUUCUAGAACAAUUAUUCUUCACGCUAUUUCAAAACUAC